UGGGCUUCAGUCGGGCUCGAGCUUUUGCCCAGAGCACAACGGUUCCAGCGAUCCAAUCCAGAGCCUUCGAGCCUCCGGGGAGGCAGUGCAGUGAAGUUGCUUAAGUUGCUGCUGUGUGGCCAUUGACUGUUCCCGUGGGUGUGUGUAUGACUGUGUAUGUGCGAGCGUGUGUGUGUGCUCGUGCCCGGAGCAACGGGACUCUGGAACAACGCGGAGCGAUCCAAGUGAAGCCACGGAAAGUGAAGCAGUGAAGAAGGAGACCACCGUUCCGCACCUUCUCCUCUGCACGACAACGGGACUUGGUUCCAAUUCUGUAGCUCUUCACUCUUGUUGCUGUUGUUGGUGCCGUUGUUCAACGCGAGUGUCCGAACCAACGAGCCCCGUGUGUGUUUUGGUGUGUCUGAUUUUGCACAAAGUGGCCACACUUCUGCUGCUGCUGCUCCCAAAACAACAACCAAUCCAACUCAGCUGACCGAGUUCUAUUGGGUCCUGAAAGUGAAGCCCACCCUGACAACGUCUGCGAAAGGGACAACGGUGAUCCAGAUUGUGUCCGUGUCCUUGUGUGUGCGCUCGCGUGUGUGUUUGAAGCUUCUUCGAAGGAACGACGUCGCCAGAUGACGUCGACACAUCGUCGAACGGGAGUGAUCAUGGAGAUCGCGGCCGUGUGCGCCUUGCUAGUGAGCUGUUUGCUGGUAGGCGAGAGCAACGGACUGCAGGGCUACUACGGUACUAAGAUCGCCGAUCUCACCGAGCUACACCAUGCCGUCUCCGGAUCGGUGUACGCGGUUGAUGCCCGUACGCUCUUCCUGAAGAACUUCAACUACGACGGUGAAGGGCCAGCGGCCUACUUCUACGUCGGUAAUACGCGUGCGCCGAGUAAUAAGGGCGCGUUUCGGUUGCGCGACGAGCGGGGCCGGGCGGGCGUGCUGAGGAAGUACCGUAACGAGGACAUUACCCUGUCGCUGCCGGAGGGCAAAACGCUGCGCGAUAUCCGCUGGUUUGCCGUCUGGUGUGAUGACUUUUCGGUCAACUUUGGUGACGUCCAGAUACGCAACGAUCUCGACUUUCCCCGGCCUACCAAGAUCGCGGGGCUGAACGGUGUGCACGAUGUGUCGUCCGACAAUAUCGUGAUCGUCGAUGCGCAGACGCUGCUGAUACCGAACUUUAGCUACGAUGGUGAAGCACCCGAUGCCAAGUUCUGGGUGGGACGUGGACCAGCACCGACGUCCCAGGGUAUUCGAAUUCCGGACGAGAAUGGUAAGGAGACACCGUUACGCCGGUACGACAAGAAGACGAUCGUGCUGACGUUGCCGGGUGAUCUGACCGUGUUCGAUAUUGGCCAUUUCGGGGUCUGGUGUGAGGCGUUCACCGUCGACUUUGGGCACGUGCGCAUCCCGGACCAGAUCAAUGUGCCACCGUCGCUGAAGAUGCUCGGCAUUAGCCCGCAGUCCAAGUUGAACUGCGAAGUUUUGUUGGAUGACUUAUCGUUUGAAGUCCGUUGGGCAGUUGCUGGCGAAAGUGUGGUCGUGCAGCUGGUAGCCAAGCUUGACGAUGGAGAGUACAUGUCGUUCGGUGUUUCGCCGAACCCGCAGGCAAGUCAAAUGGUUGGCGCUGACGUAGCGGUCGUUUGGGUGGACAAAGCGACCGGUAAGGGAUACGCCCAGGAUUACUACCUCGAUGCAAAGUCCCAGUGUUCCGGUGGGCGCGGUAGCUGCCCGGAUACGCGCAUCACGGAGAGCAGCAACUCGAUCCGGCUCCUCAACGCCGCCAUGGUCAAUGGCUACUCGAUCGUUACCUACCAGCGGCCACUCCGUGCUUCCGACCAUCUGGAUUUACCAAUCUUCACAAACACCUCGCAAGCGAUCAUCUGGGCAGUGGGACCGCUAAACCAGCGGUACGAAGUGUCCUACCAUUCGCACUACCUGAAGGGCAACAAGAUGAUCGACUUUGGCCGUCAACCGUACUGGAACUGUCCGACACCGGAAGCGGAUCAACAGAAGCAAACCGAUCGCUACAAUGCACAGCCACCGCAGAAGCUAUCCCAGAACUAUCCGGCCUCGAAUGGUAACCGACGAGAGGACGCCGCAAACAGUGUCCAACAGCGGCCACAGCAACGCCCGGCAACGGCACAGCCACCAGCGAAGCCAGGUGCUUGGGAGAUUCCACCGAUCCAGUGCUACGAACCGGAGGAUGGUGUAUUUUACGCCCAGAUGGGACCGACCGGUGGCAAGCAAGGAUAUCCGGCGAUCACAGGUCAUGUCGGUUGGGGUCUUUCUUGGUACAUCAAUGGGCUGCUCAUCCCGGAGGUUAAUGUGGUGCGCGGCAAAACGUACACGUUUGUCGUUGAAGGUGGCCACGAUCCGAACGUACCGGCCAAGUAUCAUCCUUUCUACAUUACGGACGAUCCGGUCGGUGGCUACGAACAUCAAUCCGAGGAAGAUCGUAAGAAUAUUCGCAUCUUUGCUGGAGUGCACCGCAGCCGUAGCGGUAAGCUGAUGCCGACCGGUGUUGGCCGGCUUUGCAACUGGACUCCAAACCCCGACGGUCCACCGGCGGAUGAGUAUCCAUCGUUCGGUGCUUAUCAGCGGAGUCUCUCGCUAAAGUGCGAUGUCGGUGAACCGGGCAUCAUUACCUGGACGCCGGAUGCGGACACACCGGAUACGGUGUACUAUCAGUGUCUUACUCACCGGUACCUGGGUUGGCGCAUCAACGUACACGAUGCAUGCGAUGUGGCGCAGCCAAGUGAAAUCGAAGAAGUUUACGCAGAGCCCAAUGAGGACGUUUCGGCCGAGGAGUCGAUACGGCACGAGUCGAAGGUGCUACCGGCCGACAACUUCCUGCAGCAGCACGAAAACUUCCUCCAGAAACACGAAAUGGAUCUGAUCAAGCAUCACAAAAUGAACCCGGAAAAGCAACAGCACCAGCAGCACCAGCAGCAGCAACAACAGCAACAGGAGGAACAACACUUCGACAUCAACCUGGAGGAAAACCCGGAGAUGACACGGAUCAUUGAGGAUGGGAUACGGGCGGCCGAGGAGCUGGAGGAGAAGCUGAAAGCGAACCAGACGACCGGUGAGCUCGGUAAUCAGACGGUUCACUUGGUUGGCCCGUUGAGUCAUGGGGGUCCUCAUGGGGUACCGCAUGGACCACCCCAUGGUCCACACUUCCAGCAUGGUGGACCACCGGGUCACCGUCAUCCGGGACCGGGACCCCAUCCAGGCGGUCCAGUGAAGCCGGUACUGUCAUCCUCCGGUCUACCGGUUUAUCUGCGACCACCGAACGGUGGACCGAUGUUCCGGCCCGUUAAACUGCCGGUACGUCGUCCGAUCAGUAUGGAGCGUCGUCCCGUUACCGGUGGCAGUCGUCCUACGCGCCCGUUUGUCAUUCCGCAACCAUCGAUGAUUGUGAGCCACUACCAGAAACCGGUCGGUCCGUUGAUGCGCCCCUUCGUCAGUAAAAGCAAAAUGCCGAUCAAGGCGAUCGCUCCGAUACUGCUGCUGGGAGAACCCACGGAAAUCAAGUCUUCGCCCGCGUAUCGGAAACCAACGGUGGAGAUGCUGAUCGGGAAACCCCCGAAACCGACCGGUGGUGGCGCAGUUGGUAACUCCCCUGUUGCCGGUCCACCGUUUACGCUACCCGAUAUGCCGCCCCAUCUGUUGACGGUGAAUCUGAAGAAGAACGAACCGGUUCCGAUAACGCUUCCGGUGCGUCACACCGGCAAACCGGUCCCAGCUCCACUGAAACCAAACAUUAAGCCGAUCUUCAAGAGCCAACCGCACGAUGUGUAUGAGCAGAAGGUGUCGUAUGAGGGGCUGGCCGCAAACCAUGGCUUUGAGCCGAGCUCGGUGGUGGUGGAGAGUGGGUUUAAGCCGAUCUACCGCCGGAAGGAUGAUUACGAUCUCGAGUUCGAGGAUAACCGGGCGCACGGAUUCCUGCGGCGUCAGGACGAUGACAUCGAUGAGGCGAUCGAGAGUGAUGCGCUGAUGAUACACGGUCAGGACGAUGCACCGGUGAAGCAGACAUUCGAACCGAUGUUCAUCCCUUCACCACUGGAUAGUAUGGCGAUGGCACAGGUGAAACCGGCAACCAAGACAGGCACCGGCAGUACGAGGCGGAACGUUGAGAUUCUGCCCGAUGAGACGGCCGAUGUGGUAGGGGAAGAUGAGGAUACGCUGGGGGCGGCCAAUGAGCGUGUCGAUCCGUACUACCUUCCGCCGAUCGGUAGCGAUGGUUCGGAGGUUUCGUUUGAUGGUAAAGCCGUACUGGAUGUGUCGUUACUGAAUGGUCCUUUGGGCGAUGGAGAGCGACAUAGUGAACCGUUGCCACCGACGAUCGGUACUGGUAGUUCCAAGACGGAACAGCUUAUCCGUGAGACGCCCCAGUUCGGUCCGUUCCGUGGGGAGAUUCCUCCGAUCGCGGACUAUCUGGCACCGGCCACGGUUGCCAUUUAUGGUACGCGAGGUUCGAGCGCGGUACAGCCACCGAUCUCGGAGUACGCCAACCCAUUGCUACCGGGUGGCAUUAGUCCGCAGGAUGGCCUCAUGGGUAACAGCGACGAACAGCAGCAGCAGCAGCAGCAGCAGCAGCAACAACAACCAGUUGGUAAGCCCAUUUCGACUAAGCUAUCGAUCGUGAAGCCGAGCAUGCGGGCGGAUAGUGAUGGUGCGCAGGAGAUGCGACAGGAGCGUAGCAAGCGUUCACCACACCAUCAUCCGGAUCACCAUGGAGACAGCCAUGAUGAUGGUUGGCAACCGGCGGGUACGGAAAGUGAUGCCAGCCGUACUACUGCAGCGGCAGCCUCCACACGUGUGCUGCUGGCAGCCCUAGCCUUGAUGCCUUUGGUCUUGCUUCGGUGAAUUGCUUUUUUUUCCGUUAGAUUAGAGAGGGCAGCUAGACGAAUUAGGGGGGGUGCCGGGUGGUCCUGGAGGUGCAGUAUUAGGAGGAGUGGCGUUAGUAGAUGCAUACUGUUUAGGUUUAUAGUUUUAUUUAAAAAAAAAAACAAACUCACAAAAACAAAACCAAUCACCUAAAACAAACUCACACAGACAGACAGAGAGACAGAUAUUGUGAG